GACUUUGCCUCCUGUCCUCUCUUUAUCGCCACAUUUCUCUGCUCAGGGUCACUCCCGAUGCCUCGCUCUUGUUGGAUGGGAGACAGUGACACGCCACAGGCAGGAUGACAAACCAGCCGACAGCCAACUUGUCCAACACAAAGAGGGGAAAGCAGAAGGAGGAAACCACUGGAGAUGACAAUACUGAGCUUGCAUUUAAAGAUGCUGGCCACUGCAGCCGUAAUACCCACAACCUGCUCCUGGGACUCACUGUUCUUGGUGUUGUCAUGGGAGCAGUGUUUGGGAUGCUGUUGCGCUACAUGAUGGUGAAAGACGCUGCAGCCCUCACCAUGGUUUCCUUUCCAGGGGAAAUCCUCAUGAGGAUGUUGAAGAUGCUCAUCCUGCCUCUAAUCAUCUCCAGCCUUAUCACAGGUCUCGCUGGUCUUGACGCUCGCUCCAGUGGAAGAAUGGGAAGCAGAGCCAUGGUGUACUACAUGUCCACCACUGUGAUCGCAGCCAUCCUGGGAGUCAUCCUGGUACUGGGAAUCCACCCGGGGAACCCCAAACUGAGAGGCAGCACGAGGUCCACAGCCACAAAAAACCAAGAGGUCAGCAGCCUGGACGCUUUCCUCGACCUGAUCAGAAACCUCUUUCCUGAGAACCUGGUGCAGGCCUGCUUCCAACAGGUGCAGACGGUUUUGAAACAGGUGGUGGUCACAGCACCAAACCAAACUGAGCCCAUAGUGGAGAACAGGAAAAAACUGGAAUACAAAUGGGGCAUGAAUGUUCUUGGCUUGAUUGGCUUCUUCAUCACCUUCGGGAUCUGUAUGGGCAGGAUGGGUGAGCGUGGGAGAAUCAUGUGCGACUUCUUCAACAUCCUCAAUGAAAUCAUCAUGACGAUGGUUUCCAUGAUCAUGUGGUACUCUCCUAUCGGCAUUGCCUCUCUGAUUGCGGGUAAAAUUGCAGCUAUUGGGGACCUGGAGAUGGUUGCCAGGCAGCUGGGCAUGUACAUGGUGACUGUCAUCGUGGGCCUCGUGAUCCACGGGGGCUUGAUCCUGCCCGCAAUCUUCUUUGCCAUCACCAGAAAAAGCCCAUUUACUUUCUACUCUGGGAUUUUCCAGGCAUGGAUCACAGCUUUGGGAACAGCCAGCAGUGCAGGGACGCUCCCGGUCACCUUCCGAUGUCUGGAGGAAAACCUCAAGAUUGAUAAGCGUGUGACUCGCUUCGUGCUGCCAAUAGGAGCCACCAUCAACAUGGACGGCACAGCCCUAUAUGAGGCUGUGGCAGCCAUCUUUAUUGCCCAGAUGAAUGACAUAGCACUGGAUGGUGGACAGAUCAUCACUGUCAGUAUGACCGCCACCCUGGCCAGUGUUGGAGCGGCCAGUAUUCCCAGUGCUGGACUGGUCACCAUGCUGCUGAUCCUGACAGCUGUCGGGCUGCCAACUCAGGACAUCAGUUUGCUAAUUGCUGUCGACUGGCUGCUUGACAGAAUGCGUACCUCUAUCAAUGUGGUGGGUGAUUCGUUUGGUGCCGGGAUCGUGGACCACUUGUCAAAGGCAGAACUCGCGGAACUCGAUGCAGCAGAAACGCUCCCGACAGAGGAAGAGUUGGAUUUUAUCCCUCCGCCACCAAUCCUCACCGAAAUGGACCUCAUUGACCCCCUCAAGCCUCCAGAGCUGCCACCUCGGUCCCCUCGCCCACCUAAACUAAAUCAUCACAGCCAUGUUCUCUCCCAGUCCGCCACUUACUCACCUUCAUGUUCUAUCCGAUCGCCAUCACCACACUCCGUUCGCUCUCCCUCUCCACGAUCCGUCUGCUCCCAUUCCCCUCGACCUUUCCGUACUCAUUCGCCACGCCUCCUCCGCAGGAUGGAACCAGGCUACUCUGCCCUGCCUUGCCAUGAUAACCAGAUUUCCACAUUACCUCGCACUCACAGGGAGCGGGACAGGGGGCGGGACAGGGGGCGGGACAGGGAGCGGGACAGGGUCCGGGACAGGGAACGGGAGCGACUGAGACCCGAAAGUGAAACGGAGGAGGAGGAGGACAGAGAGCGAGUUCUGGGUGAAGUGAGCGACGGUGAGGAGAGUGACGACACUGCUUACGAUCGGCGGUGCGCCAUCCCACCCUGCGAUUUGCCAUAAUGCCAUAUUAGUCUGUUUGUCUCGGUUUUAUAACAUAUUUUUCCACUUUCUGCAUUGCUAUUUAGAAAAAUCCCGUAGAGGCUCAAAGUGGAAACUGUCACAGAGAUUAAAUCGCAUAUACCCUAAAUAUUGCGAUGAAAGUGGGGUCCCGUUGAAAUCUGGAACAAAGUACCUGAAGACGUUUUUGUAUUUUUCAUCAACCUAAGACGGUUCUGAAUGGCUGAAGUUCCUAAACUGUGUUAGAAAGAAAAUCGUCUCUGCUGUUGAUUAGAGGGGCAUGUUUCUGUUCUUACCAGACUUUAUUGCCCAAAUCCAAAGAAGUAAAUAAAAUAUUUCAACAUAGCAAUCGACAACAUGGGUGUCAAACUCCAUUCCUGGGGGUCCAACUUUUAGAUGUGUCCCUGGUCCAACACACCUGGGUACAAUAGCAGAAUUGCGAGAAACAUCUAGAGAAACAUCUAAAGGUUGUAGGACACUGAUCCUUAAGUACACCUGUGAUCCAGAAGAUUAACUUUACCUUUUUAAACAUUUUCACCGAAUUCCAGAGGUGACAAUAUUGGUCCCACUAAUAACUUUACAGCCUGGUUCUGUUCAAAAGCAACAGCUUUAACUGCAUCACUUUUCCAAAGCCAACAGUCAAUUAACCAUCGUGCUUUAUUACUAAAAUUACUUUUAGUUACAUAGGUUUAGGAAUUUGGACUAUCUUCAAAUUUGACUAACUUUGUGCAAUGCUCUGGUUGCACGAGUAGCAAACCUCCCCAUAGAAUUAUGCUGCCACCACCAUGUUUGACAGAUGAUACUGUUAUUAGGUAUAAAAGCUUCACCCUAAAUCCUUCAAACAUACCUAAUGUCGUUGUGGACAUUGUGUCUCUUCUGACCAUCACAUUUCUAUCCUGGAGGUCUUCGGCUUGUCUGUGUGGGCAGAUUUUGGAGCAGGGUUGUCUUUUUUGGUCUGCAACCCAUCAGUCUAAACAGAUGUAGAACUGGUUUCCAUGACAUUAACACUAGUGCCCAAGGAGUUUCCAGUUCAUGGCAGGAUUAAGUUCCUGGUGGUUCCUUGGUUAUUUCUGAGUAUCCUGAUUUCAGUCCAAUCUUCUCUCAUACCAACGCAGAGACGAACAGAUGUUAAUCCAUAUCAGCCCUGCCUACGCUGUACCUGUAAAACUAAAUCCCUCCCUUCCUUCCUUCCUUCCUUCCUUCCUUCCUUCCUUUCUUCCUUUCUUCCUUUCUUCCUUUCUUCCUUUCUUCCUUUCUUCCUUUCUUCCUUUCUUCCUUUCUUCCUUCCUUCCUUCCUUUAUAUAUCUGCCAUUAGGCUCAAAAUAAGCAUUUCAGUCAUUUUUAAAUGGCUUUAAGCUCUGACCAAGAACGCUGAAGAUUUGAAUAAGGAACAGUAAGACAUUUUUACAUGCCCCUUGUUUUUAGCUGUUGUGUUGAGAAACCUUGCUGCUUAACACUAGUAUUUAUUAAAAGUUUUAAACACUGAUUAUAAACAGUUAAUUCUUCUAAAUUAUGCCACCAUGCUAUAAAUAUACAUUCAAAAGCAUGUAACAAAGGAAACAUCCAGCAGAUGUGCAGGUGUUAUUUUUAUACACUUCUUUACCUUCCUGAAACUCUCCAGAGAUGCCCUCAAUACUCUUUCUCAUGUACCCCCAAAGCACUAACUGUUCUUGGUAAAAUUGUCUAUACUAUUUAAGGUUUGUAAUUUUUGUGGUUUGCGGUGUGAAAUGAUGAAUACUAGGCAAUAUGCUGUUUUAAUGUUGUUGUAUGUUCAAAUUUAUUAGUAUUUUACUCUUUUACUUUCUGUUAUUUUCACCUCUAAUUGCUGUAAAAUAGCCUAACUGACCACCUCUGUUCUGCUGGAUCUCCUUUCAUUUUAGACAGCUGCCCUACAUCCUUAAUUCCUAAACAGAUUUACUUGUCAGGUUCUGUGUAUAUUGUAAUAAAACCUUGUAAAUUUAUUUAAAGUAA